AUGUAUCGACCUUCUCCAACGUUACUCGGCCAUGUGGUCCUUAAACACGCUGAUCGCAACGAUGCAGACGAGGCGCUUAAGGUGCUGGAGGCAGAAAACGGCGAGGUCAUCGAGCUGACGCCCGAGGAGGAGCGCAAGCUCCUCCGCAAGAUCGACCUCCACCUCAUGCCACUCCUGUGUCUGGUCUACGGCCUCAACUACCUGGACAAAACGACUGUAUCGUACAGCAGUAUUAUGGGAUUUAAAACGGACAUUGGACUCGUGGGUCAACAGUACAGCUGGAUCGGCAGCAUGUUCUACUUUGGUUACCUCUUCUGGGAAUAUCCAACCAACCGCCUCCUGCAGCGGCUUCCCCUGGGCAAAUAUUCGAGCCUGAACGUUAUUGCCUGGGGCUUAAUCCUCGCAUGCAUGGCUGCCACCAAAAACUUUGCUGGAGCCAUGACGGUGCGCUUCUUCUUGGGCGUAUUUGAGUCCGCCGUCACACCUGGGUUUGCCCUCUUCACCUCUCAGUGGUACACCAUCAAGGAGCAGGGCGCCAGGACGGGUAUAUGGUUUAGCUUCAACGGCUGGGGCCAGAUUCUCGGCGGAUUCGUGGCUUAUGGCAUCGCCGUAGGCACGACCAAGCACCCCGUCGCCAUCGAGUCCUGGCAGCUCCUAUUUCUGGUCAUCGGUCUGUUCACCUCUUUCAUCGGCUGCAUUUUCUUCUUCGUCAUGCCCGAUAACCAGAUGAACGCUCGGUUUCUGACGCCGAGGGAGAGGAUCCUCGCCGUGGAACGCAUCCGGAUCAACCAGCAGGGCGUCGGAAACAAGCACUUCAAAUCCUAUCAGUUCAAGGAGGCCCUCACCGACCCUAUGAUCUGGGCCUUUGUCUUUUACAGCUUUGUCGCUGAUAUUCCCAACGGCGGCAUCUCCAACUUCUUUAGCCAGUUGAUUGUGUCUUUUGGCUUCUCCAACGAACAAUCUCUGCUGUUGGGAACCCCCGGCGGGGCUGUUGAGGUCAUCACGCUGGUUGCAGCGGGUAUCAUUGGCGACAGAUGGGGCAACCGCCUCCUGGUCUCUUCGGGAGGUCUGAUACUAGCCAUCAUCGGCAUGCUCCUGAUUGCCUGCCUCGACGACAACCACAGCGUCGGCAAGCUCAUCGGCUACUACCUGACGCAGGCCUCAGCGACACCCUUUGUGGCCCUGCUCUCUCUCAUCUCGACCAACGUCGCAGGCUGGACCAAGAAGACCACAGUGGCCGCCAUGUACCUCAUCGGCUACUGCGUGGGCAACAUCAUCGGGCCCCAGGUCUUCCAGGCCAAGGAUGCGCCCGAGUACAGGCCGGCCGAGAUCACCAUUGUGGUGUGCUGGGUGCUUGCCCUGCUGGAUAUCCUGUUCAUCUACUUUUGGUGCCGGCGCCAGAACAAGAAGAAGGCCGAGGCUCGGGCGCAGCCUGGCUAUGUGAAGCUGGAGGGGCAGGAGUUCUUUGAUCUGACGGAUAAGGAGAACCCUGAGUUCAUCUAUAGCCUGUAGGCUGGGGGAUGCAAACAUAUAUUAAUGCAGAUGGGCUGCGAUGUAACCAGGCAAAAUCGGAACUUGCAGUACUAUUCACUUCUCUUCCCCUUGUG